GGAGAAGCUACUAGCUAGCUGCUAGCUAAUAAAGAGUUGGUAAAUUCCUAAAAUUCGGAUAGCCCGCCUCAUCCCAAGGAGCCGGGCCAAUCCUUGAUUUCCGCUCUCCGUCUGACGGUCCAGCCUAACUUAAACUUGAACUUGCACCUGCACUUGCACCUACGCUAUAGAACCAUCGACGCUGUAUAACAUCGAUCGUUCAAGACCCGAUCUAUUUCACCGGUCGAUUAUAAUAAUAUCGAGAUUCGCCGUUUUCGUGUUUUGUAUUUCAAGUCAAAGGUCCUUUGUUGUUGAACCUACCCGUCCUGUCAGCAUCUCCUCAGAUAGCUCGCUGCAACCCUCUUCGGAUCCCUCGGAGUUAACUGUUUUUCAUUUGUCAGAUAUAACCAUCAUGUCUUUUGAAAUCUUCAACUCGCACGGCAUCAUCAAGAUUGCACCAUGGCAAGCUUUCGACAAGUUAUGGACCUCUGUUAUGGGAUACCAUGCGAACGAAUUUAGGUUCAAGGCGGGGGUUACCCCCAUGUCGACCCUUAAUGAGACGAUGGCCAUGAUCGCACUGUACCUUAUCGUCAUCUUCGGUGGCCGAGAGAUCAUGCGUAACCGUGAGCCGCUGAAGUUGAAUGGGCUGUUUAAGGCUCACAACUUAAUUUUGACAUUGCUGAGUGGUAGUCUGUUGGUUCUCUUCAUUGAGCAACUAGCACCCACACUAUGGAAGCACGGUCUUUAUGAGAAUAUCUGCGGUGCAGACGGCUGGACAGAUGAGCUCGUAACCCUCUACUACCUCAACUAUCUCACCAAAUACGUCGAGUUGAUCGAUACGGUUUUCUUGAUGGUCAAGAAGAAGCCGCUCACUUUCCUCCACACGUAUCAUCACCCGGCAACCGCAUUGUUAUGCUACACCCAGCUCAUCGGGAACACAUCUGUCUCAUGGGUUCCGAUCACCUUGAACUUGACCGUGCAUGUGGUGAUGUACUGGUACUACUUCCAAAGCGCUCGCGGCGUUAAGGUUGCAUGGAAAGAAUGGAUUACGCGAAUGCAGAUCGCGCAAUUUAUCCUCGACCUCGGUUUCGUAUACUUCGCAUCUUGGGACUACUACGCGAGUGCCCACGCUCCUUAUCUGCCUCACGUGGGGCGAUGUGCCGGAGAGCCGUUCGCGGCCGUGUGCGGAUGCGUGAUCUUGAGCUCGUACCUGGUUCUGUUCAUCAUGUUCUACAUCGCCACGUACAAGAAGGCCUCGGCGCGCAAGACCAAUAAGAAGGGCGACACGCCCGCCGUCUCUUCCAUGAAGCAGAGCGCGGCUAUGGUCGCCGACAGCUGCAGCGGGGUGGAACACAUGAACAGCUCGCUAGUCGCCAGGAAGUGACGUGGUAUUGGUCCGGUUCGCCUAUCUAAGACUAUCCGCCUUGUUACCAAGGUAGACAUGUUACUCCGCAUGGUCUGUGGGCACGGGUACCUUGCUACUGUCAAUAUUUUGAACGUAUAAUGCAUUCCCAAGUAUCCGGAGGGGUGGUGGGGGGAACGUGGGGGGUUCAUCACGGAGUUGGCGUCAGCUGUUGUCUAUUGUCUAUUGUCUUAUUUUUAACAUUUGCAUACGCAUACGGACAGUUAUAAACAUGUAUAUCUUAAUCCUUAUUAUUUCUAGAGUUCUAGAGUUGGUGUAGAUACUUGGAACGGCGGAUGACGGGGUGGAAUAGACGGACUUGGGUGGUCUCGUUUAGGGUCAGCUACCUAGCUACUGCAUAGAUGCCUUAGCAAUGAUUAGCGAUAUGAGGAAUUGGAAAGUUUCGAAUCAAAACAAUGAAUUCAUUGUGGUGGUCGAAGUGGAUGUCGUUUAUGCAGAGCCCUUUGUAAUGUGGUGUACUAAGGUACUGGUGUACUGGAGUAGGUACUUCUGUAGGUAUGCGGCAGCUUUGCGGGUAUGUUGAUGUGAGGUUAAAAAAGAGGCGUGACAUCUUAGACAUUUUUACGGGGAGGUUGUGGGAU